AUGAUUGGGUUUAGCUGGAAAUCAAUACCAAUGUUGAGAUUGGCAGAGCUUUUAAUCAAAUUUAGCCAUGGAGAGGCUUUUCAAAUGGGCAGAACUGAGAUCUCUUCAGUAUGGACUGGACUGGAAGUGGCUGGAUUGGCGAUUGUUGGUUUGGAACUCUACUUCAGUACCUAUUCUACUUGA